AUGAAUAUGAAACAAUAUAAAAAGUCAAAUCAACUUCCAGACUUUGAAACAUUGAAAUAUCAUAGAAGAGUUUAGGUGAGUAAGAAUCCAAGCAACUUGGUAGAGUUUGUAAAUAUCAAUAAAAAAUUCACUUAAAAAAUUGAAAACACAUAGACUCGUGAUUGUUUAACUGACAUAUUUUUGAAAGAAUUGAGUGAAACAGAUCAAUAAUAAAAUUAUGAAUACUCUCCAAAUGAAUACAUUAACUCUUUGAUUGUUCACAGAAAUCCACUGUUUUUAUAAAAAUAGCAUGCGAAAAUAAAUUGA